UAUUUUUUACGGUCGAGUUUCAAAAUAUACAACAUGUACUGAAUAGGGUCUUUUUAGUCUUGGUUUGGAUUAAAGAAGACAAGGGAAAAAAGGUUCCGGGAAAUGAAAAAGCUUUUUCUUUGCUAUUUUUAAAAAUGUAUUUCUAGCAUUUUCAUUUGAUUGGCUAUUUAUAUACUUGUAUAUUUGUCAGCCCAGUGACUAUCAAAAAAAAAAAACUUCUCGCGUGGUAAAUAGAGAAAAAACAGAAAAAAACAGUUUGCUUUAUCAACAAAAAUACUAAAAUGGGUCGUCACUGUCAAUUAGUCAUGGGACCUGCUGGAAGUGGCAAGUCCACCUAUUGUGCUACAAUGAUGACACAUUGUCAAACUGCAGGACGUAAAGUCCACCUUGUCAACUUGGAUCCUGCAGCUGAACAUUUCGAAUACGAACCUACUAUUGAUAUUAGAGAGUUGAUUACAUUGGAAGAUGUUAUGGAGGAAUUAGAUUAUGGACCCAAUGGUGGUUUGAUUUAUUGUUUAGAGUUUUUGAUGAACAAUGUGGAUUGGCUCGAGGAAGAGAUUGGCAACUUUGACGAUGAUUAUUUGAUUAUUGAUUGUCCUGGUCAGAUUGAGUUAUACACGCAUUUUCCAAUCAUGAGACGUCUUUGUGAAACACUGGGUAGACUCAACAUGACAGUAUGUGGUGUUUACUGUCUCGAGUCUCAAUUUAUCGAGGAUAAGAGUAAAUACUUCUCUGGUGUACUUAGUGCUAUGAGUGCUAUGGUGAAUUUGGAGAUUCCUCAUGUCAAUGUUAUGACGAAAAUGGACUUGAUUGAAGGGGAUUAUGGUAACAAACCUUUAGAGGAAGAUGAGGAUGAUAUUGAAGAUGAUUCCGAGUCAGCAGCCGAAAAGAAGCGACGCAAGCAAAAGAGAAGAAGAAGACUGAUGGAAAAGGCAAUGACAGAUCGUGAAAUGGAUAGAUAUUUAGAACCAGACCCAAUGUUGAUGACAGAAGAAGCUGAUUUAGUACAUAAUGGAGAACAACCAAGCUCAAGGAGCUUAAAAUUCCAGGCUUUAAAUCAAGCCAUUGUGCAAUUGAUUGACGAUUACAGUAUGGUAAGAUUUAUACCACUUAAUAUUACAGAUGAGGAUUCUGUUGAAUACGUUUUGUCUCAUGUUGAUAACUCUAUGCAAUAUGGUGAAGACUUGGAACCCAAGGAACCUGAUGAUGUUAAAGAAUAUGAUGAAUAAAAAAAAAAAAAAAAAAAAAAAAUUACAAAG